UGUAAAUGUUUGGCCUUAUGAGCUAGCCAAAUAUUUUGCCCCCUGUGAUCUUUUCCCAGAAAUCGACUCAAUUGCACAAAGGAAGGAUCAGUGGCAGAGAGUAAGCUCAGAGGAAAGCACUGCGGGCGCCCGGCGCUGAAAGCGUUAACAGGGCUGAGUAAGGCGAUCCCUGAAGCGAGUUAAGGCUCGAGUUGUAAAAGUUUGCAAAGCAGCGGCAGCCCCAGCUCCCGGGGAAACGGAAGCCGGUCGAGGGAGCCUGGCGGAGCGGGAGCCGAGAACCGUGCUGAGCUGAACUCAGCCGGGAUUACAAGCUCAAGGCAUCUGGACACUCUCAAGAGGCAGUCUCUGCCCCUUUGGCUCAGCUGACCUGACCAUGUGGACUUAGCCCCUCCGGGGUCAGGACCGGAGUUUUAAAAUAAAAUGGAUGAUGUGACGUUACUUGAUCUUCUGGAGUGCCCCGUGUGCCUCGAAAAGCUCGAUGUCACCGCCAAAGUCCUCCCUUGCCAGCACACCUUCUGCAAACCGUGUCUCCAGAGGAUUUUCAAGACCCACAGGGAGCUGAGGUGCCCUGAAUGCAGGACCCUGGUGUUUUGCAGCAUCGAGGCGCUGCCGGCCAACCUGCUGCUCGUGCGCCUUCUGGAUGGCGUGCGCUCGGGACAGGGCUCGGGGGGAGGGGGCUCCCUCUGCAGACCUGGCGUGCUGACCUCACAGGACAGCAGGAAGAGCAAGACUCACCCCCGAGGUCUGCAGUGCAGCCCUUUCCGGCUGGUGCCUAACAUCAGAAUCCACAUGGAUGGGGUGCCGCGAGCAAAGGCCUUGUGCAACUACCGAGGGCAGAAUCCCGGUGACCUGAGGUUUAAUAAGGGAGAUGUCAUCCUCCUCCAGAGCCAGUUGGAUGAGAACUGGUACCAGGGGGAAAUCAAUGGAGUCAGUGGGAUCUUCCCAGCCAGCUCCGUAGAGGUCCUCAAGCAGCUUCCCCAGCCACCCCCACUCUGCCGGGCCCUCUACAACUUCGACCUGCGCAACAAGGACAAGAGUGAGAACCAGGACUGCCUGACCUUCCUCAAGGAUGAUAUCAUCACUGUGAUCAGCCGAGUGGAUGAGAACUGGGCAGAAGGCAAGUUAGGAGAUAAAGUCGGCAUCUUCCCAAUCUUGUUUGUAGAGCCAAACCUCACCGCAAGACACCUCCUAGAGAAGAACAAAGGCCGUCAGUCAUCCCGCACAAAAGGCAUGUCCCUGGUGUCAUCCUCCAGAGGCAAGGCGACCAACACACCCACACUCCGAAGGGGCCCGGGGUCCAGGAGGAAGGGGCCCGGGCAGUUCUCCAUCAUGACAGCCUUGAACACCCUCAACAGGAUGGUGCACUCUCCCUCGGGGCGCCAUAUGGUGGAGAUCAGCACCCCAGUGCUCAUCAGCUCCAGCAACCCCUCUGUGAUCACCCAGCACAUGGAGAAAGUGGAUGCUCCUCCCAGCUCUGUGGGGCAGGUCAGCACUUAUCACCCUGCACCUGCCUCCGCAGGACAUUCCACGGCCAUCAUCAGUCUGCCCGGCUCCCAGCAACACCUCUCAGCUAACAUGUUUGUAGCCCUGCACUCCUACUCAGCCCAUGGACCUGACGAACUGGACCUGCAGAAGGGAGAGGGCAUCAGGGUCCUGGGGAAGUACCAGGAUGGCUGGCUCAGGGGCGUCUCCUUGGUGACCGGGCGAGUCGGCAUCUUCCCCAACAACUAUGUCAUCCCCAUUUUCAGAAAGACAUCUAGUGUUCCAGACUCCCGGAGCUCUGCUCUCUACACCACAUGGACAUUAUCCACCCCCUCUGUGUCCUCCCAAGGCAGCAUUUCAGAAGGUGAUCCCCGGCAGAGCCAGCCCUUCAAGUCCGUCUUCGUGCCCACGGCCAUAGUCAACCCUGUGCGGAACCUGGCCGGUCUGGGGACCCUGGGGCAGGGCUCCCUCCGCAAAGCGCGGAGCAGCAUGAGAAAGAAUGGAUCCCUGCAGAGACCCGUCCAGUCAGGGGUCCCCACCCUCGUGGUGGGCUCCCUGAGACGCAGCCGCACCAUGGUCGUCCGGCCUCAGCAGUUCCAAUUCUACCAGCCACAGGGGGCCCCCUCCUCAGCCUCGGCGGUGGUGGCGGAGAUGGGACCCAAGCCCACUGCCACUGGGGAGCCUGCCCUCACGUGCGUCAGCAGGGGCAGCGACACCAGGAUCCACUCGGCAGCCAGUUCCCUCAUCAUGGAAGGCAAAGAAAUCCCCGCCAGGAGUGAGCCUCUACCAAAACUGCCUGCAUCUCCCCCGCCAUCCAUCCUGGUGAAACCAGAGAACUCAAGAAAUGGCAGCGAAAAGCAAGUCAAAACCGUGAGAUUUCAGAAUUACAGCCCUCCUCCCGCCAAACAUCACACCUCUGGGAAGCCUGAACAAGCAGCCACCCCGAAGGGGUCCCAGCCUGAAGCAGCCCCCUUGGGCCCAGAGAUGACCGUCCUAUUCGCCCACCGAAGCGGCUGCCAUUCUGGACAGCAGACAGACCUCCGGAGGAAGUCAACUUUUAGCAAAACCAUGACCCCAGCGCCCACUGCCUCGGCCACGCAGACCGUGUUUCCCAGCAAAUGAAUCUACAGGUGGCUUUUCCUAGACCCCAAAGAGACCCCGCCUUCCCAGGAGGAGCUAGCAAUAACCAGAUACUGAAGAGAGCAAAUCGUCUGCUUGAAUGGAAACCGCUCGGUACAGAGCUGUGGACCAUGUGAUACUCCUUGGACAUCAGGGAUGGUACAGGAAUACCAGUAGGCUGGCUUCCAAAACAGAAGGGUAAUACGAGAAAAAGCAAAUCUGUCUUCCCACAGUAUCAAUGGGUGGCGGGCCAGGUUGGAGAAAAGCACGUGAGUCAUGUGCCGCUACAGGUUACACCAGACUCCUGGCUCUCCUGUUAUUCUGUUCUGCUGUCAAAGCCAAACUUUGUCUUGCCAAUUUCUCACACCUUGGCACCUAACUGACAAAUGAAAAGACCGGACAUCAAAUGCCUCCCAACACUGUGUCUGGCCUAUCGCUCCAGCUCAGAUUUAGAGCAGUACAGGGGAUGGCAUAAUAUUCUCCUCUCAGGUGUUCAAGCCAGAGAGGCCAGUGCUUCUUCACAACGUCCCCAGCCUUCACUCCCUCCCCUGACUGUGCAUCCUGCAUCACUCCACCACAUCCACAUUCUUUUCCAUUCCAAUUCCGUUCUGUCUUUCCACCCUGACACUUUCUGAUCCAGAGGGUUCUUGUUAGACUAUACCAAUCAAGGAAAUAAGGACUUAGUACAUAAAUAAUCUCAGACAAGAAACAUGCAUGAUGUUAUAAGAGAGAUGCCACAGACUGCAGUGCUUAUUG